AUCGGGGAGGCUGGCUUGGCUUUCCUUCCCUCUUGCAGGGAGAACUGCCCCCCCUGCUUAAGUGGAAUAAAUUGGUACAGGCCAUUAGCAGCCACAGAGGUCCUCCUCUCCCUUACUCUCUGAGGGGGGCGGGGGGAGCUGUCACUGCUUCUAUAGACACAGACCCAUCAGCCACAGAUGUGAAGUCAGCCUCAGCCUCUUUCUCUGUACUCCCUCCCACUGCCCUUUCCCCUUUCCCGUUUCUCUUUCUUUCUCUCUCUCCUGCACUCUUUCAUUCAUUCAUUCUUUCUUUCUUUCAUUCAUUCUUCCUUUCUAUUAAAUGCUGCCCUUUCACAUCACGAUGAGCCCGGGUGAAGCUGCUGUGGUCUUUGGAAGAAGACAGCAGGAGAAUAACUGUUGUGUGCUGUGAUUUUUUGGAGAGAGAAAAAGAUUAUUAAUAUGAUUACUGUCACGGCUUGAAGAAAGAAGACGGGGGGAAGAUUCUUGGGGUGUGCUUUUUUCUUGCUGUUGCUUGGAAUUUUUUUGUAUUAAAAAAAGCCAAAGGAAGAACGUGUGGAAGAACCGCAUGCGGGGAGAUGCUUUGAAUUGUGCUUCUGUUUCCAAGGAUUAAAGGAUGAAUAGACGCUGCUGCGAUGGAGAGAGAAGGCGAUUCAGGCUCCCAGAAUAAGGCCUCUGUCCAAACGGGACCCUGAAGUCCUCCUCGCUGGCGGCUCCCGCAAUAUUGCCUGGAGGAACGUCCCCCGCUUGCAGCGGCCUGUCCUUCCUCCUCCUCCUCCUCCUCUGGCAGCAGCUGUCCCUGCAAACCUGCUUGUGCAAUGGGUGGGUUGUGAGUACUGGUAAGACCUACGAGCCGUGCCACCUUCUGCCGCCCUCUCCUCUCUCUCUCUCUCUCUGCCGUUGUUCCUUCUUGUCCAUUUAUCUCUGUUCUCCAUGUCCUCUGCUGUUCUGUCUCUGGGGUUCUCGCUGUCAGGUAAUGAGGAGCUGUGGGUCCCUUCAGCCUUGGAGAUGCCGAAGCGUCGAGACAUCCUGGCUAUCGUGCUGAUAGUUCUUCCCUGGACACUGCUCAUCACCGUGUGGCACCAAAGCACCAUUGCUCCGCUGCUUGCCGUGCACAAGGAAGAUGGUGGAGAUGCCCGUCGCGACUUCGUCCAAGGCUCAGACUCCAAGGAGUACUGCCUGUCCGACCGCGACAUCGUGGAGGUAGUUAGGACAGAGUAUGUCUACACCCGACCACCUCCCUGGUCGGACGCCUUGCCCACCAUCCAUGUCGUCACACCCACCUACAGCCGGCCGGUCCAGAAGGCGGAGCUGACGCGGUUGGCCAACACUUUUUUGCACGUGAUGAACUUGCACUGGAUCCUAGUGGAGGACUCCCAGCGGAGGACCCCUCUCGUCACCCGGCUCCUGAGGGACACUGGGUUGAACUACACCCACCUCAACGUGGAAACCCCACGCAACUACAAGCUGAGGGGGGACAUGAGGGACCCCCGCAUCCCCCGGGGGACAAUGCAGAGGAACCUGGCCCUACGGUGGCUGAGAGAGACCUUUAACAAAAACAACAGCCAGCCAGGGAUUGUUUACUUUGCGGAUGAUGAUAACACCUACAGCCUGGAACUCUUUGAGGAGAUGCGGACUACCAGGAAAGUGUCAGUCUGGCCGGUGGCCUUUGUGGGCGGCUUGCGCUACGAGUCGCCCAAAGUGAAUGCUGCCGGGAAGGUCUACGGGUGGAAGACUGUAUUUGACCCUCACCGGCCUUUUGCCAUUGACAUGGCAGGCUUUGCUGUGAACCUCAGGCUCAUCCUCCAGCGACCUCAGGCUUACUUCAAACUGCGAGGAGUGAAGGGCGGGUACCAAGAGAGUAGCUUGCUCCGGGAGCUGGUGACCCUGAACGACCUCGAGCCAAAAGCUGCCAAUUGCACUAAGAUCCUUGUUUGGCACACAAGGACAGAGAAACCCGUGCUGGUGAACGAGGGGAAAAAAGGCUUCACAGAUCCAAACGUGGAAAUUUGACAUUGUGUUGCAAAGAGAGAGAAAACAAAUAGCAGAAAAAGCACAGAAGUCAUGGAGUUGGCAUCACUUUUGGUCCAAAGUGCAGAGCCUCGCAGGUUGUGCGGAUGGAAGGCAAGGACGAUGAAGGCAAAAGAAUGCCUGCCCAGGAAGCUCCCUCCAGGAGUCAAGGAUCAGACCAAUGGGCGGACUUCCAAAGGUUAUUGAUAAGGACAAUGGUUGCCAUUUUCACCCUUGAUGGAUUCCUCUCUCCCGUCCCCAUCCUAGCAGGCAUGAACUACAUACUUGGGCACAACCAGGGAAAAGAGAUCUCUACUUUGAGAGGAACACUGCCUUUGGCAGUGGCACCUUUGCUCUUAAAUUAUAUUUAUUAUGCUGUAAGAGAUGGCAGCGUUUGGCCAUGAUGUGGGGAAAAGGGAAGUAGAAAAAAAGAAUGCUAAUUUUAAACUAGCAAAUAGCCAUCUGGGCCCCUUUCCUGCAAUUCGUACCUCUCUCCCCUGCUCCAAGAGGAUUGAAGAGGUUGUGUCCUCCACCUGCCCCCCAGGUCUUGGCUAAUGCUACACAACCUAGAUCAGUGCUUCCCAAUUAGCCAAUUACUGAGAACCCCUUAUUUUUCAAAAGCCAAGCCAUGGACCCCCUACUUUUGAAAAUUUUGAUAACUCUGUGGUAGUUACUUCUCCAAAGCAAUUUCAUGAACAAAAAGUGCAGAGGAUUUUAGGUAUACUAAGAAACAGGCUAGAGCUAAGCGACAUCCGUUUUUCAACAUUGUGAUAUAUCAGCAGCUAAACAUUGCAAUAUUCUGAUAUAUCAUGAUUUCUGAAAUUGGAAAUCAGGCAUGGUGGUGAGGGAAGAAGCAGUCACGGAGAUCAG